CGCAUCCCAUUUGAAUGCGAACUAACGGUUGGAACUACAACGUGCGAUACUUACAACCACUCCCACAUUCAUCGGUGUCUGCCCAGCAUGGAGGACACGUCUCAACCACCCCCUUCUACCGCGCCUCUGCGCCAACCCAAGAAAAGAUUCGUCGGACGACGCACCGCAGACGCCCAAGCACAGAAAGAGGGGUCCAACCCAAGUCCCCAAGAUGUCGAAUCGACAAGCAUACAGAAAGCCACCCCCCGCCGUACCCCCCGAACUCUCAACCAAGUGCCCCCCGAGAUCCUCGAAGACCCCGACAUCCAAGCAGCCAUCGCCCUGCUCCCGCGCAACUACUCCUUCGAAAUUCCCAAGACAAUCCACCGGAUCCGCAGCAGCAACGCCAAGCGCAUCGCGCUGCAAUUCCCCGAGGGUCUCCUCAUCUUCGCCACCACCAUCUCCGACAUCCUCACGCAAUUCUGUCCGGGGAUCGAAACCCUGAUUAUGGGCGACGUGACCUACGGCGCCUGCUGCAUCGACGACUACACCGCGCGGGCGCUGGGGUGCGAUCUGCUCGUGCACUACGCGCACAGCUGCCUGAUCCCCGUCGACGUCACGAAGAUCAAAACCCUGUACAUCUUCGUGGACAUCAGCAUCGACACCACGCAUCUGCUGGCGACCCUGGAGCGCAACUUUCAGCCCGGCAAGACCAUCGCCACUGUCGGCACCAUCCAGUUCAACGCGACGCUGCACGGUUUGAAACCCGUGCUCGAGAAGGCCGGCUUCCGCGUCCUCAUCCCGCAGAUCACCCCGCUCUCGAAAGGCGAGAUCCUGGGGUGCACGUCCCCGACCCUGGUGGCGGGCGAGGUCGAUUAUCUGUUGUACUUGGGGGAUGGGCGGUUUCAUCUCGAGUCGGCGAUGAUUCAUAAUCCGGACAUUCCGGCGUAUCGCUAUGAUCCGUACUCUCGGGUGCUGUCGCGCGAGAGUUAUGAGCAUGAGGAGAUGCAUACUUUGCGCCGUGACGCGAUCGCCUCGGCCAGGUCGGCGAAGAAAUGGGGAAUUAUCUUGGGGUCGCUGGGUCGGCAGGGAAAUCCAAAUACGAUGGCGAUGAUUGAGAAUCAUUUGAAGAGCAAGGAUAUUCCCUUCGUGAAUCUCCUGCUGAGUGAAAUCUUCCCGGGCAAGUUGGGCGCCAUGGCCGAUGUGGAGUGCUGGGUGCAGAUCGCGUGUCCCAGGCUGAGUAUUGAUUGGGGGUAUGCGUUCCCGCGGCCGCUGCUGACGCCGUAUGAGGCGUUGAUUGCGCUCGGCAUCAAAGAGAGUUGGGAUACCGCGAAUGGUGGCGUGUAUCCGAUGGACUUUUAUGCGAAGGAGGGCUUGGGGAGAACGAAACCCAGUCAGGCGAUUAUGGCAGGAUCGGCGUGAUUUUUUCUCCUUUCGGCGUUGUUUUGCAUGGUUGCCGAUGAGCACUCACGGAGAUCUGCUCCUGGCUACAAACCAAAACUCAUGAUGUAUAUGAACUAAUCUUUGUUGUUGAUUUUUGUGCAUAUUGUUCCUCACAGGAACAACCAAAAGCUUAUGAUUAUAGAUAGGAUUUUAGAAAGCCAACUUGAUAUAUC